UUUUUAGUAAUGUAAACUUAUUUUCAUUUAAUUUUCAUUAAUUUCUGACCUACACUUGCACAUUUGAAACUUAUUCAUUUUUGCAAUUUAAGUGUUUAUUCAUUUUUUUGUGACCAGGUGGGCUGGCUUCCAUUUUCAGCUUUUCAGGAUAAAUGAGGGGUAAAAUUCAAUCAAUAGUAUCAGCCAACUGGUUAUCCGUUGCUCUAAAAAGUGGAACCAGGAUUCAUGUUACUGAAAGUGGGCGUGCACCCAAAAUGAAUGAUUCCUUUGUUCUUGAGAGCUAUUUAAAAGCACAUAUACCCAAUUCUUCUUAUACAAACCUUGUUGAGCUGGCAGAUCAAACUUCACCGUUGCCUUUAACCGUUCCAAGCUCAGAACAAUUUGCGCAAUACGCGUCUGAAAGAGGUAUAACAAAUGAAGACCAUGUCGUGAUAUACGAUCAAACGCCGAACGUUUCCUUUCAGUACUCAGUUAGCAGAACCUGGUUCCUUUUCAAACUUUUUGGACAUGAAAAAGUGUCUAUUCUCGACGGAGGCAUUCAUGCGUGGAUAAAAGAUGGACAAGCUGUCACUGAUGAACAGUCUUCUUUCAAAAAAUCUGUGUACAACCCGAAAUUGAAUGCCGAAAUGCUCAAAAAUUAUGAAGAUAUUAUGCGGAAUUCAAAGUGCAACAACUCAGAGUUUCAGUUGUUAGAUGCAAGAGGGGAGGCGAAUUUCAUGAGGGGAAAUGUGCCUCAUGCUAAAAAUGUCCCCUUUUCAGAGUUUUACAAUGAAGACGGCACGUUCAAAGACUGCGAACAGUUAGAGCUUGUAUUCGAACAAAAGGGAGUGAAUUUGGACUCACCCACAGUUGCCAUGUGUAAUGCUGGAAUGUCUGCUUGUCUUCUCUCUCUGGCUGCUCAUGAGUUGGGAUACCAAAUGCCAAUCUACGAUGGUUCCUGGUCUGAAAUCCUGUUCAAACAACAAACAGAACCUUCAUGAUACCAGCGUAUAUAUUAUAUACCAAAUAGAGCAAAUAUUUCAUCUGUUAUCAGAUACCUUACUUAAUUGUUACCAAUAGAUUUUACAAUUUA